AUGUCUCAAAAUAUAUCCUCUUCAGGUUGUUUUAAUACAGACUCGUCAUUCUCAGUGGGCAAAACCAGCAAUGAGACACUCUCUGGUCGAUCAUAUCUGCUUUCGAUACCAGACAACUACUCAACAGACACGCCAGCGCCGCUAAUCCUGUCAUUCCACGGAGGCGGCCAGUCUCCCGAGACGCAGCUCGACCUUGAUCAAUUGACCAACUCUGAUGUCAACGACCAGUACAUUGUCAUCUAUCCAGAGGCCAUCGAUGCGCAAUGGCAAGUCAGCCCCAACAGCACAUCUGACGAUAUCGGAUUCGUGACAGAUAUCCUAGACGAUAUCGAGUCCACGCUAUGCAUCGAUAUUUCGCAGAUUUAUGCCACGGGCAAGUCCCAGGGCGGCGGCAUGGCUGGGCUUUUAGCAUGCGACGAAACUCUGUCAAAUAGAUUCGCUGCCUUUGCACCCGUCUCGGGUGCCUUCUACAUAACAGAUGCCAACGACAACUGCAAGCCCGCCUCGGUCAAGAUCCCAUGUUCGGCGGGCCGGACUGGUAUUCCCAUGCUGGAGUUUCACGGAGGCGAUGAUCCAGUCAUUCCCUACGAUGGCGAUGACAGUAGGCGUGAUUCUUGCCUGCCCGCGAUACCGCACUGGGUUCAAGAAUGGGCAGAGCGGAAUGAUCUUGACUCUACCAACACAUCGACGGACCUCACAAAGUCGGCGACUUUGUACCAGUUUGGCAACGACUCAAACUUGGGUCUUGUUUCGCAUGUCUACGAUGGAAAGAGCAUUGGACAUGUUUGGCCGACGAAGAAACUUUUCGCAAACGACGACGACUCGGCCACGGCAUCAUUCGAUGCGACCCCGAUGAUUCUGGAAUUCUUUGGCAACUACACGCUCGAUAUUCAAACCAAGUCAACGAAUACGACGGGUGGAAAUGGAACGGACGGGACGGACGGGUCAGACGACGACUCUGACUCCUCGGCUGUGGGCCGCAAGGCAACGGCAAUAUGGUGUCUCGUUGGGUUUACCUUACUCCAAUCGCUCAUCAUAUGA